UCAUCACCGUGUUGAGUUGGUGUCAUGAGUGAUGAAUCUUCUCCUGUAUCUUCAUUUGAAGCUUUUCACUCACUGUUAAGCUGCGCCUCUCUCUCUCCUCCAUUGAAGCAUAUUCCCAAUAAUCCCUCCAAGCGGCUUCUGAUAUUUCUCUCCUCCAUUGAUUCAUCUCAAUUCAUCAAUGGCAAUUUCCUCCCCUCAUUGUAUACGAAAUUCCAUUGUUCCUCGCGUUGCAUUACCCAGGGGUUUGAAUUAUAGAUGUGGGAAUUUUAAGAAGACGCGGUUGCAAGUUUUGGCAUGCUCUUCUGUGGCAGACAAAGGUCUUUCCUUUGACAAGAGAGUUGAGACCUUGUUAGACAGUGUCAAGUGGGAUGAUAAAGGUUUAGCAGUCGCUAUAGCUCAAAAUGUGGAUACUGGAGCUAUUUUAAUGCAAGGCUUUGCUAACAGGGAAGCGCUAGCCACUUCUAUUUCUUCUCGCAAGGCAACUUUCUACAGCAGAUCAAGGAAACAAUUGUGGAUAAAGGGAGAGACAUCUUCUAACUUCAUCAAUGUACAUGACAUUUUUCUAGAUUGUGACCGUGACUCGAUUAUAUACCUGGGGAAGCCUGAUGGACCAACUUGUCAUACUGGAGCAGAAACUUGUUACUAUUCCUCCGUUUCCAGCAUUGUGGAAAAUCCUCAGGUUAAAAAAGACAUAUUGGCCAUGACUACUUUGUACUCACUUGAAUCAACAAUUUCUGAGCGGAAAGAUGAAAUAGUAAGAAAGAUAGAAAGCAAACCUUCAUGGACGAAAAAGUUAUUGCUUGAUGAAAAAUUGCUCUGCUCAAAAGUCAGGGAAGAGGCAGAUGAGUUGUGCCGCACACUAGAAAAUGACGAGGAGAAGUCUCGAGCUGCUUCAGAGAUGGCAGAUGUGCUUUAUCAUUCUAUGGUUCUUCUGGCACUUAAAGAUGUGAAGAUGGAGGAUGUCCUUGAAGUCCUCCGAAAAAGAUUCUCCAAAUCAGGAAUAGAAGAGAAGAACAGUCGCUAAUUACGAGACUAAGUAUCAAGCUUUUUGCAAGCAGAUGUUGUGCUGACUAGACACGUGAUCUACUCUGUACUACACUUCUUCUAUCUUAUUGGAAAUUGACAUUGAUAUCAGGCGAGCCUUGCUUUAAUUUAUCAUUUGGUCAAGAAAAUUAUUGAUUUUUGUAGUACCAUGGUUAAUUUCAAAUGGACAUGUGAAACUCUACAUGUUGUAUUUCUUAAGGUACACUCUGUGAAUAACUGAAUAAUGUUAGUUACUCUGUAUCUAACUUUGGUAUAUGUACAAUGAUUUACUAAAAACUACUUGUCUAUAUGACAUCAUCAUUUUCUCUAAUAUGAUGCAGAUUGUUGAUGAAAUGAUGAGUGAGAAUUUGAGAGAUGCUUUCAUAAAAGUAUAUACAUAACUGUAAUUUAUUUCA